CACCCGACCCGUCUCCCAGGCAGCGGAGACACAGUGGAAUGGAGGCGGAGCUUCAUCAGCUGGCCCGCUCCCUGUAACACAUACCGUGUGUUAGCGAGGAAGGAGUUGCUUUCUUGUAUUUUCGAACGACAGCAGCUUCAUUGUGCGUCUGUUGGACGAAGCAACGUGUCAUUCAGCGAGCUCUGUCUCCUGGACAUGGCUACAGAUCCACUGGUAGACGCUGGACUUCAUUUUGAUGAGCUCAACAAGUUACGAGUACUCGAUCCAGAUGUUUCCCAGAAGACCACCGAGCUCAAAGAGGAAUGCAAAGACUUUGUUGAGAAAAUCGGCCAGUUUCAGAAGAUAGUGGGUGGACUUAUUGAAAUGGUGGAUGAAUUGGCCAAAGAAGCAGAGAAAGAGAAAAUGAAGGCGAUAGGUGCUAGAAAUCUUCUGAAAUCGGUCGCAAAACAGCGAGACGCUCAGCAGCAACAGCUACAGGCUCUGAUUGCUGAGAAGAGGAUGCAGCUAGAAAGGUACAGAAUUGAAUACGAGGCUCUCUCCAAAGUCGAAGCUGAGCAGAAUGAAUUUAUUGACCAGUUUAUGCUACAGAAAUGAUACAUCUUUUCCUCAGCAUUUCAUCAAGAGGAUAGAAAGUAUGAUGCUAUGCGUCUCUUCCACAAUGACUUCGCUAAUAAGAAGCGGGUCUCCCGCUUGGUCAUGUGUUUCAAUAUGUGGAUGUAACAACCUCAACAUAUGACCCAUAUCAUGACCAGUUCCUGGGGUUACAAAUGUAACAUUGGUUCCCAUAAUAAAGCAUUAGAUAUGUAUUUAUAUAAAACAGAACAUAUUUAUACUAUUUAUAUAGAAUUAUUCUGUAAAUCGUAUUUUAAUACCUCUUUUGCUACCAGGUAAUAAAUACAGUAUCUGCAUGUUACUGUAAAUGAUUACAAAAAUCAAGACUUCAGUGUUUCAUCAGUAUAUUUUGGUGAUUUGAAUACAUGGGUUUAAUGGUAUCUUUAAUUUCUCGAAAUCCUCAAUUGUUCACAGGACCAAAAAAAAAAAAGAAGGGUGCAUUUAAAGUUCAGGAAAUUUUGUAAUCAAUGCAGUGCAUUUAUUUGUUUACGUUACAUUAUUAAAAGCCUUACACAAUA